CUGAAUAGUUUUGACCAUCAGGCAUAGAACUCUUAGUAUCUGCCACCAUGCAUAGAUUGGUGAUCUGGUUUACCUUCGUAGUGAUUGUCGUCGCGGACGUCUCGCAUCUUUACAAUGGGGGAAACGAACGCCAGCAAAAGUUCUCACCGGCCCUUCAAAAUACCGCUCCAUUUUUACCACAAUUAAAUCGAGAUCUGGACUAUUAUCCUUACAGGAACGACUUCACUGGAAGAAACAUUGAAAUUUUGCAUCAGGAUAACGACGGAGACAUUGGCGGUAAUUACCAAUGGAGUUAUUCGACUGCGAAUGGAAUAAGUGCCGAAGAAGUUGCUAAAGUUGAGGCCAUGGGUAAAAACGAUGCAGUAAAAUCCGUGCGGGGUUCGUAUCAAUACACAUCUCCUGAGGGAAUCCCCGUCUUUGUCACUUACACGGCUGAUGAAAACGGAUUUCAACCGCAUGUAAAGACAACUGAUGACAAUAGACAAAUUUAUGCUGGACGAGCACCCCAAGGGUAUUACAAAUCUGUAACAAAUAGAGGAUAUUAACGGACGUGCAUUGUAAUUAUUGUAAAAAAUAGUAUACUGUAUGUAGGUAUAGUAUCACCCUUUUGCAUGUAUAAAUAAUAAAGCUUCU